GCCGCGUCCUUGUAUUUUCCGGACCAUAUUUUCCUGGCUUGUUUGCAGCAGCUUUUCUGCUGCCUGAGGAGCAGUUGGUUUGGUGACUUGUCAACAGAAACAUGGCUGCCUCUGCGUCCGGGAAAGCAUACCGAAACGAUAACGCUUCCAAGGGCAGUCAAAAAUGCACCGAAGAGCCCCCUGCACCGACGCGGGAGAUUAUCAAACCGUCUAUCAUGGAGCUCACCAAAGAAGUGCGGACCAACAUCCUAUGCACCGUAGAAGGAUGUGGCAAGAUUCUACCGAACACGCCAGCCCUAAACAUGCAUCUCGUGAAGUCCCACAGAGUAAAGGACGGCCUUGUCAACCCCACCAUCAGGAAGGACAUGAAGGGCUCCCAGAAGCUCUACUGUUGUCCCAUAGAGGGCUGUCCACGAGGCCCCAACAGACCCUUCUCCCAGUUUUCCCUGGUUAAGCAGCACUUUAUGAAGAUGCAUGCAGAGAAGAAGCACAAGUGUUCCAAGUGCAACAACGGCUACAGCACAGAGUGGGACCUGAGGCGCCACAUAGAGGACUGUGGGAGGACCUACCGCUGCACGUGUGGCUGCCCCUACGCCAGCAGAGCAGCGCUACUGUCACAUAUCUACAGGACCGGCCACGAGGUCCCCACAGAACACAGGUAUCCACCUGUGAAAAAGCGGAAGAUGGAGAGACAGAUAAGUGGGGAGGAAAAAGUCAAGCCCAGUGAAUUCAUGUGUCAGAUCAUAAAAACAGACAGAGAACUCUCAGAGGACUCCCUCCCUUCAGACAGGGUCUGCCACAACAACCCCCCUAAACACCUCCAGAAACUCCUCCUACCCAAGCCCGAAGUGGCUCUGGUGAAUUUCCCUGUGAUGCAGCUGGCCCAUCUCCCCGUCCUCCUCCCCUCCACAGAGAGCGGGGUUCUGAGGUCUGUGGUGCUGGCUGUGGACAGCCAGGGCUCCUUCAGCACCCUCCACCUCAUGCCCCAGUCCAUGGGGUCCAUGGUGCCUCACCUGGACCCUAAGACCCUGUGCUUCAGGGGCAGCAUGCCUGCCUCCCGCUCCAGUCUGGGUCCUGUCAGCAUGGGGGUGCAGGUAAGUCUGGAGUCAGUGGGCUCUGGCAAUGACUUAGGAGGAACCAGGGGGAGCAAUACCUCCACCAACAUCCAGACAGACAUCUCAUACUUUUCCAGAAUGCCUAUGGGGGUCGGGGUGGGGACGGAGAUGUGCCCCUUUGGUGAGUCGUCGGUCUCAUCGUGUUCUCAGACAGAUAUUAGUGUGAGUUCUCAGGUCCUGCUGCCGGUCAGUGUAGAGACCCAGACGUUCCCCUCUAAGGCCAAAGCCACCACCACCAUCGGGGCGCAGACAGAUACCCUCAGCCAGCUGCCCUGCCCCUAUUCCUCCCCAUCCCAGUCCCCCUACAUUACCAAGCAGACCCAGACCAGACUCGCCCUGGCUGGGUCAGAAGAGAGUGCUCAGAUGGACCAGGCCAUCAUGUGCUCAGACCUCUUUGACAGUUACUCCCUCAGUGUCUCAACACAGACGGCACUGACAGACGGACACUUCAGAACCCACGGUGUAGACGACCCCCUUUCCGGUAACAGUCUCUAUGACCACGACAAGUCAGCAGGAGGCAUGUGCUUUGGCGUGCAGACAGACGAUCUCCAGUCGGGCAGCGUGGCGGACAACCAAACCCAGACCACCUUGGCUUUGUUCAACGAUCUGGAAAAUAUCUUGUCAGGUCACUCUCUGUCCGGUCACCAGGCGCAGAUGGAUUCUUCAACAGGCUGUGGGUCAGCUCUGUGCUCUGUUCAGGAACAGCACACGGGCAUCGAUUUUGACUUUGAGGAAUUCCUGAACGCGGCCCACAUCCAGACCCAGACGGAGGAGAGCGAGCUGAGCGGUCUGGGGGCCGACACACCCCUGGAGGUCCUGGAUAUCCAAACUCAGACAGACUUCCUCCUCCUGGAGGGCCUGGGAAACGGUGAGGGGCCGGGCCGGAGCCAGGCCAGUGACCUGGAACUGGAGAUGUUUGACACCCAGACCCAGACGGACCUCAACUUCCUGCUGAAAGCCGGAGGCCACAUGCCCCUGGGCAACAUUCUGCGCCAGUCCAGCUUCUCCAUGAGCACAGAGUCCUCUGACACUGAGACGCAGACCGACCUCCACCGACCGCUUACACCAACACCAAACUCCAACACCCUUCCCUCCGUGUCCCAGGGUGACCAGGCCAGGCUCUUAAGCAGCACGGAGACUCAGACGGUGACCGACGCAUCAUCUGAGGGCCUCGGAAACCUCUUCCUGACCAGCAACGAGACCCAGACAGUCAUGGACGACUUCCUGUCAGCUGACAUGGCCUGGAACAUGGAGUCGCACUUCAGCUCGGUGGAGACGCAGACGUGUGAGGAGCUGUUUGCUCUCUUUCAGCACUCUGAGAAACCCAACAGCUGAAUUACCACCCCCCACACACACCUCCUCAGUCCACGCAAUGGGGUUCUGCUUUCUGUCCAGGAGGUCCUGGGAUCCUACUCAUCAUCCUCUACAGUCUUUGUCCCUCUACUACUGGAGGUUUAGGUAUAGAAGUGAGCCUUCUUGAAGUCUUAGGACAUUCUACAGAGGGGUAGCAUGUCUAGGAUAACAUGUCCAGACAUCUCCCUCAUGCUAGCUCGAAAGCACUUUAUUAUAGUUCAUGGAUAUGAUUCCCCAUCCUUGUUUACAUGUUUAUUUGCGCGUCUUACUACUUAAAUAUAUAUAUUUUGUCUGAAAAGCCAGUUUAGUCCGUUUACAAUGUUUUAAAAUUUGAGCACUAAUGUUUGCUGUAAGAGAGUAUGUAAUGCCUGUUGAGCCUUUCCUUAAUCAUUCUGCUAUUGAAUGGCUUCUGGCAGAUUUGAUGUGGCACAAAUAUACUUGUGAAACUCUAAAAUAGUUGCCGCACUACCGUUGUUGACAUGUGAUUGUGAAGUGCAGUCUUGUAGAAUUGCCCCAUUGUUACAGGGCCACCCACCUAUAAGCUGGGUCACCGCGUUAGGAGACUAGCCUGUCAUGGUCUUUGACUUAUUCAUUAGCUGGCUGUAAGUGUAUAGCAGCACAGUGUGCUGAAGUGAUACAACACUGUAGAGGAACACUAUGAGGAUCUAGCUACUCUCUAGUCACUGUGAUUACGUUGUGAUUGUGUACGUCCACCAUAUACAGUGCCUUCAGAAAGUAUUCAUACCCCUUGACUUUUUCCACAUGUUGUUACAAAGUGGGACUAAGUGGAACAAAAAAAAUUAGCAUUUAUGGAAAAUAUAAUGAAUAUUUCUUCAUUAAAUAAGUAUUCAACCCCCUGAGUAAAUACAUGUUAGAAUCACCUUUCAAUUACAACUUUCUGGGUCAGUCUUGAGAUUUCCAUACCUGGAUUGUGCAACAUUUGCCCAUUUAUUCUUUUCAGAAUUGUUCAAACUCUUGUCAAAUUGGUUAUUGAUCAUUGCUAGACAACCUUUCUUUAGGUCUUGCCCUAGCUUUUCAAGUAGAUUUAAGUCAAAACUGUAACUCGGAUAUUCGGGAACAUUCACUGUCUUCUUGGUAAGCAACUCCAGUGUAGAUUUGGCCUCGUGUUGUAGGUUAUUGUCCUGCUGAAAGGUGAAUU